AAGUGCAAAGUACAACUAAACAAAUGGACUUCAACUGUCAGCCUCGAUGACACCCGGCCUGUAAAAUCAAUCUGCAAGGAAAAAGGCAUAAAAGAAGAAAGUCAGGGAGCAAAAGAAAGAUUAAAUCAAUUCAGAAAGCCAUUGGAGAGAAGAAGCGCCACAAAAAGGAAGGAAGGAGUUGUUAACAGUGCAUGAGAGAGUGAGAGAGGGAGGGACAUAUGACAGGCUUAUAUACACUGUCAGGACAACCUGCUCUUCAAAGCACCUAAAACUGUUUACAUUUCGAAAGCGAGGAGAAGCAAAGAGGGCAGAGGAACAUUUGAAAAAGGAAGAUGGUUCGGUGGUUUCACAGAGAUCUGUCUGGAAUAGACGCAGAGUCCGUCUUGAAGACCCGAGGUGUCCAUGGCAGCUUCCUGGCCCGACCCAGCAAGAAGAAUGUGGGCGAUUUCUCCUUGUCCGUUAGAGUGGGAGAGCUAGUCACACACAUUAGGAUUCAGAACACGGGUGAUUAUUAUGAUCUGUACGGCGGGGAGAAGUUUGCGACGUUGGCCGAGUUGGUGGAAUACUACACUGGAGAUCAUGGAACCCUACAGGAUAAAGAUGGGACGGUUAUUGAGCUCAAAUACCCUUUAAACUGUUCUGAUCCCACCACUGAGAGGUGGUACCAUGGCCACUUAUCGGGUCCAAAUGCUGAGAAGCUGCUCAGAGAGCGCGAUGAGCCCGGGACGUUCCUGGUGAGGGAGUCGCUCUCCAAACCAGGAGACUUUGUUCUGUCUGUGCUGACCGAUGAUAUGACCAGUUCUGGUAGGAGGGUCUCCCAUAUCAAGAUCAUGUGCAAUAAUGACCGUUACACAGUAGGUGGUAAAGAGGUUUUUGACUCUUUGGCAGACCUUUUGGAGCAUUUCAAACGCAGUGGUAUUGAGGAAUUGUCAGGGACAAUGGUUUACCUCAAACAGCCUUAUUACUCCACGAGGUUGAACGCAGCUGAUAUUGAGAGCAGAGUACAGCAGCUCGACCAGACCUCAGGCAACAUGGACGGGGCCAAUAAAAAGAUUAAAGCUGGGUUCUGGGAAGAGUUUGAUGCGCUGCAGAAGUUGGAAACUAAGGUAACGAAGAGCAGAGAUGAAGGAAUGAGACCAGAAAACAAAAGCAAAAACAGAUACAAGAACAUCCUUCCCUUUGAUGACACUAGGGUUAUCCUGAAAAACGCAGAUCCCAAUGUUGUCGGCUCUGAUUACAUCAAUGCCAACUACGUUGUAAAUAAAUUAAUGGAUAUUAAUUACCAGAAAGUUUACAUUGCUUGUCAAGGCUGUCUCGCAACAACUGUAAACGAUUUCUGGCAAAUGGUUUGGCAAGAAAAGUCACGAGUAAUUGUCAUGACAACAAGGGAGGUUGAGAAAGGACGGAAUAAGUGUGUGCCAUACUGGCCUGCUACUGAAGGAGAUUCAAAGGAAGUAGGCAGAUAUGUGGUGACGUUACUGUCUGAGAAGGAUGCUGCUGAUUACAAGGUCAGAGUGAUGGAGCUCACAGCUCCACACCGGAAAGAGCCAGCUCGCACCAUUUGGCACUACCAAUAUUUGAGCUGGCCGGAUCAUGGCGUUCCACAAGAGCCUGGUGGAGUGCUUAGCUUUCUGGAGCAAGUCAACAUCAAACAGCACGAACUGUCUUCAACUGGACCUGCGAUCGUCCACUGCAGUGCUGGUAUUGGGCGAACGGGAACCAUUGUGGUAAUCGACAUGCUUAUAGAUAACAUUGAUGCUAAAGGUCUGGACUGUGACAUUGACAUCCAGAAGUGUAUUCAGAUGGUUAGAGAACAGCGGUCUGGCAUGGUGCAAACGGAAGCACAGUACAAGUUCAUCUACUUGGCUGUGCUACAGUAUAUAGAGUCAACGAAGGUCACACGAAGAGCUGUCAUGGAAACAGAAACCGAAUAUGGAAACCUCUCAAUUCAGCCUAAACACCAGAAGGCCAGUCGCAAAGCCUCUGCAAAAAAAAAUGAAGAUGUUUAUGAGAAUCUAGGAGCAAAAGGAAAGAAAGAUGUCAAAAAGCAGAGAUCGGAGGAUAAAAAGAGUGGAUCUGUCAGGAAACGAUAAAAAUAGAAAAAAAGAAAGACGAUGAAAUUGAAUUUUGCUUCAUGAUUGUACAGCUAAUUUUUAAAAGAUUUUUUCAGUGGUUUUAAAGAGAACUGAGCCAGGGUUUUACAGAGAUGCCAAACUAUUUGACCUUAUCAAACAGAUCUUGCUCUGUUUUUGUCAAUGUUUACUAGUUAAUAUUUUUUGUAUAUUUAGUAAACAUUUGUUAAGUAAAUUCACUAAGUUGUAAUUAAUAUAAAACAUCGACUCAUUCUCGGUUUUAAUAAAAGUCAUGCCCAAAGACCUGGCCAUUAUGAUUAUCUGCUGUAAUAAAAUGAAGGAAUGAAAGUG